AUCGAAGGGUGGGUAAGGAGUUGUGUUGCACUUCCGGGUUGGGCGUUGUGAAGGAGUUUGCAGGGUGUAAAUAUGGCAGGUUCCAGUGAGUCAGGCUCAUCUCCUGAAGAAGAGAUGCAGAUCUCGUUCACCAAUCACACCUUCAUUGUACCAAAGAAAGAGAUCAACAUGUUCCCAGACAUGGGCAAGUGGAGGCGUUCUCAGGCUUAUGCUGAUUAUGUCGGGUUUGUUCUGACACUGAAUGAAGGUGUGAAGGGGAAAAAGCUCACAUGUGACUAUAAAACCUCCAAGCCGGUGGAGAAGCUAAUUGUGCUCCUAAACACGCUGGACCGAUGGAUCGAUGAGACCCCUCCCGUUGAUCAGCCGUCCCGAUUUGGUAACAAGGCAUACCGCACUUGGUACAGCAAGCUCGAGAAGGAAGCUGAAAACCUGGUUUCCCCAGUGAUUCCCAAUGAGCUGCAAGCUGCUACCCCUGAGAUUGCUGUGUAUUUAAAGGAGUCUGUUGGUAAUCCAACAAGAAUAGACUAUGGAACAGGUCACGAGGCUGCAUUUGCUGCGUUCCUCUGCUGUCUUUGUAAAAUUGGAGUUCUGAAAGUGGAUGAUCAGCUUGCUAUUGUAUUUUGUGUAUUCGAUAGGUAUCUACAGGUCAUGCGAAAGUUGCAGAAAACAUAUCGAAUGGAGCCAGCAGGUAGCCAGGGGGUCUGGGGCCUUGAUGACUUCCAGUUCCUUCCCUUUAUCUGGGGCAGUUCCCAACUAAUAGAUCACCCGACUCUGGCACCACACCGUUUUGUGGAUGAGAAAGUAGUGAAUGAACACCAUAAGGAAUACAUGUUUUUGGAGUGCGUCAGGUUUAUUAAUGAGAUGAAGACUGGCCCAUUUGCAGAGCACUCUAACCAGCUGUGGAAUAUCAGUGCUGUCCCCGCAUGGUCUAAAGUUAACCAAGGACUGAUUCGAAUGUACAAAGCAGAGUGCCUCGAAAAAUUCCCAGUCAUCCAGCACUUCAAAUUUGGCAGCUUGCUCACCAUCAACGCAGUGGGAUCAUGAACCGAAGCAAAAUAGGCAAGAGUAAUCGGAGGCAGUCUGGGACUUUCGAACCAGCUGCAACAAAAAGAACUUCCACCAAAAAAAAACAUGACUUUUUUUCCUUUAGUACAACUUCUUUGAUUUUGUGUUAAGCUCGGACAUGGAGUGAAGUGGCGUGGAUUUUUAAUGGGUGCAAAUGGACAUCAAGUGGCUCAGCUGUUGAUCACUAGAGUUUACUGAUCUGAAUCUUCUCUACAUCCAGCACAAUCAUCAAUCUGCACCUCAGGUGUGACAAUUCAAGCCAGUCUGGUAUUGGUGGUGCUAAAGUGAGGGGGAAGCAACUACAGGAAUGCUUAAAAAUGGAAUAGAAUUAAAAAUGUAAAAAUGUGCCUUUUGAUUGGAAAAGAAUUUUAUGCCACUUAAAAGCAAUGGGUGGAUUUUUUAUUUCUCAAAAAUUACAUGCCUCAUAGGAUACUGACUUGAUCCAAGGUAGUUCUCAGUUUGCUCUCCACCCUAUCCUGCAGUGUACUUAAUGCUGCUUGUAACAUAGUUCACAGUCUACUCCAGUGGUUCUUUUUCAAUGUAAAUGAUUCAUUUGAGAAAGGAAGCAUCUUGCCACCCUCCUCUGUUCCUCAGCACCCACUAACCUUUCUUGGCUAGUGUCAGUAAGGAAACAAUUGCUGGUAAUAGAAUAACUAAAUUUAACAGUGACUAAUUUGGUUGAAUAUAUCCACAGCCUUCCAUUCAUAUAUAAAGAGUAAAUAUAAAUCUCAUUAGAAAAGUAUUAGGCAAUACAGUAUUUAAAGGAUGUUGAUAUUCUCAGCCCUUUUGUGUGUUUGUGUGUAUAUACGAGUAUUCAGAGGGCAACGCUUGGAGUGUUUCAUCAUUGAGACUUAAUCCCUCAGUAAAAUACACUCCAAUGACAAUGUUACAUAUAAUGAAAAAAUAAAGAUUAAAGGGACAA